AUGCUCAUCAUCUUUGUGAGUUAUUUUGGGAGCCGGGUCCACCGUCCACGGUUCAUUGGCUGCGGUGCCAUCCUCGUUUCUGUGGCUGGAUUGGUCAUUUCCCUUCCACACUUCGUCUCACCGCCUUACGAAUACGACCAGUCCAUUUCUGCUCAAGCUCCAUUGGCGGUUCCCGUCACAGGAAGCGACGCAGGGGUGCGUCGGGCGGAGAUCAAAACCGGUUUGCGUGAGAUCCAACUAUGCAAGGACGAACGUGGGAAGACCGGACUGAAGCUGAGGACCAUUGAUAAGGGACUCUUCGUGCAGUUGGUCAAAGCCCACUCUCCUGCAGCUCUGGCGGGGCUGCGUUUCGGCGAUCAGAUCCUCCAGAUCAACGGGAGGAACUGCGCGGGGUGGAACAUCGACAAGGCAAAGCGGGCGCUGAAGAAGGCCUCGCCGGAGAAGAUCCUUAUGGUGGUUCGGGACAGGCCUUUCCAGCGAACGGUGACCAUGCACAAAGACGGCUCUGGCCAUGUGGGUUUCGUCAUUAAGCGAGGCCAGAUCACCUCACUGGCCAGAGACAGUUCUGCGGCCCGGAACGGACUCCUCACCAAGCAUCACAUCUGCGAAGUCAACGGACAGAACGUCAUUGGCCUGAAGGUGAGCAUCGAAUGCAGAACAGUGGGUGGAGAACGCUUGGAUGGCGUGAACCCUCUUCCAGGUCUUCAGGACUAG